CUCAAGUUUCACCCGUUCAGAAUUACAUUUUGGAAUUUAUGAUUGUUUGAUUAAGUUGACAAUGUCUGGAGGCAGACAAACUGGAACAGUUCCUAAAACCAAACACAAUUCCCGAGCACGAAGAGAGAAUCCUGUUAAUCAUCUUCCAAACAAUUUGGAUUGGCAUGAAACUUAUACUCCACAAAGGGUACGGAAGGAAAGCAACACAAAUACUCGCCUUUCAGAUGCAGGAGAACCUGGCUUUAUGUAUGAAGAAAAUCCUUGGGUAGGUUUAGCUCCUUCAAAUAGAACUGAUGAUGAUGAAUUGCGGUGGUCAAAUGUAAAAAGUAGCAAUAUUACCCCAGAAAGAGGUAACUCUGCAGCUAAUGUUGAUGGUUAUUUAUCUAAUAGAACAAUGCAGAUACAAGACAACAAUGGUCCAGAAGAAAGGGAAAUACCUGGAACAAGCAAAGAAACUAUGAGUCGAGGGCGAUUAAAACUUAAAAUGGAGCAGUCUCAUAGAAAGAUAGAAGAACUUCAACAGACACAGGCUGCUUUACUUAGUCUAAGAAAUAAAGCUAUUCAACAAGUGAAACCAGUUCAGAUGGAAGACAUGCAACAACAUUCGAUGCUUGGACUGAGGAAUAAAGCCAUUCAGCAAGUGAAACCUGUACAAGUUGAAGUGGAUCGAAUGGCCAACAUGGAAGCUCGUAUUCAAACCAUGCAAGAUUAUGCCACUAUUAUGCAGGCUUUAGAAAGAGAUGAAACAGCUGCAAACUUAGUUGAACCUGCUGACUUACAAUGUGACCAACAACUUAGAAUAAAGCUUAACGAACUUCUUGCAAAAAAAGCGCAGUGUGAUAAUAUUUUAGCAUGUAUCGAGUCUGAAACCUUGCCUGGCAAUUUGGGAGGUCCUGGAAGUGUCAGUAGUGAUGAUGGAGAAGCUUCUCAGUUUUCACGAACAAGACAAGGGUUUGGAGAAAUAGAAGAAGUAGGAACAAGGCGUGAUGUCAAUAAGCAAGAUAAUCGUGAACUUGAACAUCAUGGUGGGCCAUCCAACAGUUAUGUGCAUAAUAAAGAACUUAAACUUGAAGAAGUUAAAAAUAAACUAGAACAACUUCAAACUCUAUUAAACCGAGUAGAAAGUUUAAGGGAAGGAAAACCUACUCCGAGGAUGAACGGAGAUGGUCAAUCACAUGGGGAACAUUCGCAGCCUGCAUGCAAAAACUGCCCACCUAACAGUGUUUUGGAUAAACUACAUACCAAAAAGAUGGAUCUGAAUCCUGACAUGAGGAAGGUGAAAGCAUUUCAAGGAUCUCAAGGAUACCAUUAUAAUCAGCCAGCUGUUGAGAGUUGGACCAGUUCAGUAAACGGAGCUACAGGAAAUUCCGUAGAUUAUUCGAGUGAGGAAGGAGAUGUUGAUUAUGAUGAAAGUCCAGUAAAACUAUGCCCCACCAGCUAUAUGCAGCCUAAUAGUUUUUCAAAAACAAGCACCAAUGGCCAUCAACCAGGUUCUAAAGUUGCUCCAGGCCCAGCUAGAGAAAGUCGAAGGGGAAUCAGUCGUGAAGUAAGGCAGAGACCUCCUAGAGUAUCCGAAGUAGAUAUGAGGGAAUUAGUUCCUAAUACACCUUCUUUAGCCGAACAAAUAUCAGAUUUGCAAAUUCAAAUGGAGCAAAUGCAGAUAUUGUACCAAGGAAUGCUUGAGAAACAGCAAGUAGUUAAUUUUUCGUCUCCCCAACCAUGGAUGCCUCAACCUAAUCUUGGAUUCAUGCAGUUCAUGGGUCCUCCGACACCUCAAUGGCACCAGCAUCAACUUCUGAUCAAUUCUCUUAAUCAGUGCUGCCAACUCAUAUGGCAUCAGCAGCGAGAAUUGGCUGGUUUGAGGCAAGCUUUAUCUAUGAUCCAAGAAGAAGGUCGUAUGUAUAAAUGUGGUGGUUAUGGUAACAACUUGAACUUUGACCCAUCGGGACUCUUAUGGGCACAGUCUUCUCCUCAAACUCUGAAUAAUCAAGUCCCUCCUGGAAAUAGAGCCAAUAAUUAUUGGGAUAAUUUUAGAAGUUACUCCAGGCAAAACCUUCUUUCAGGAAGAAAUAAAAGUAAUGAAGGUAGCAUAGCUGAAUCUCUACCAGCUCCCAGACCGUCUGCGCAGACAGAUAAUUUAAGAAGGAGAAAAGAAAAUCAUAGUUUAGGUAAUGCUCAAGUCAAUGGUGCGCAAAUGCAUUCUGGUGAAGUUUCUGGUUCCCUAAAUAGUUGCAGAUCAAGAAGAAGAUACAACAGUAACCUGAAAGCAGAUGCAACUGCUGUAUUUUCAUUGGAACAAUCAAUAUAUUCUGAACUUGAAACUGUAAUAGCACAAGCUGAAAGAAGUCCACAGCUGUUACUCCAACUUCUCACUCAGUUAAAGAAUUUGAGAUCUCAGAGACCAAGCCCUUACGAAGAGGGAAACCCUGUUGGAUUUGAAAAUGAAUUUGAAUUAUUGGAUCAUGGAAUUCACUCUUAUCCUAACAUGGCUAGCAGAAUGGAAGAAGCUAGAAAUCAUCAUGUGGAUUGUCGAAGAAAAAGAGAAAGUGUUUUAGAAGAUGUUUCAAGAUUAAUCGAGAGACAAGAAAGUGAAAUUUGCACUAGUGAUGUGAUAUCAGAAAUAGUUGGUUACUUAUGCAGAACGCUAGCUCUCGAUGGCAACAUGGAAACAGCUCUUCUUGCUGCUCUUUCUAAAUUUAAGGGAACCAGAAUGAGACCAGCUGCUGGUAACAUCCUUUGCACAAUUGCUCAAGUUCUGGUUAACCCUGGCCACCAGGCAGGUGCAAGCAUGAAUGAUAUGAAUGAUAAUGGACUUGAACAAGAAGAAGAAGAAGGUGCCGUUGGAGGUAUAUCUCUCGCUCCUCCUCCUCAGCAGCCAAAAGCUCCUAGUGUGGAAGCUGAACUGGCUGAAGCAGACCAAACACAGUGCAAUUCAGCUGAUAAUGUUGAGGUUUUUGAUGUUGAUGAAACUGGUUUGCCAAAUAUUGAACUUGAUAAUCAAGAACUCCCCCCGAGGGAAGAAAAUCAAGAACAGCCAUUACAGGAACCAUAGUCCAUUUGCUAUUACUUACCCCUAUGUAUUUUACUCUUGUCUUCAACCGUAGAAUAUUGAAAGUCGGAUGUUCAAAUAUAAAGAUGUGGGAGGUUUGGGAAUUUUUACAAUAUAAUUAUAUAUUUUUAACUACAGUUUUUGUUAUUUUAAUUAAAUCUUAUAAUUUAUUGUAUAUAAAUUUAUAUAUAUGAUGUUAUUUAAAUAAUUAUAUGCAAGUAAUUUAUGAUUAUUUUCCAUCAUAAUCUACAAUAACCUGUAAAUAUUGUUUCGAUGUUUCAAUGGCUAUGUAAAUGCUUUCUAUAUUCUUUACUAAGUAGAAAAGAAAAAUAGUAUAUUUAAAUUGGUGCUCCUAGUUCAAAUAUUGCAGAGAGUUGCCAUUUUUAAAACUAAGCUUGUUCCUAUUUUUAAGGAUUUUUUCAUUAUUUUUAUGUUAGGCAACUUAAUAUUGUUUUAUACACUGUCGUUUUAUGUAUUAUUAUUUAUUCAAUAAUGUUUAAAGUUUCACUCUUGACAAUAUGUAUUCAAUAUUCAUUAA